AUGCCGCUUGGACCAGUCAAUGUCAGUGGUGCCUCGCUGUACUAUGAUGACAGCCUUGCACCCGCAGGCUCUACUACGUAUGUUACGCUGGUCUUAAUCCAUGGGACUAUGUUUUCGAGUGCCAUCUUCAGGAAGAUGAUUCCGUUCGCCAUAGCAAACGAUCUGCGUUUAGUUCUUCUCAACCUGCGCGAUUAUCCUGGCUCGACGCGGUAUACUCCAGAAGAGCUGCAACAGUUGAGGUCUUCUAAUAGAGAUGUUCAAUCGACAGCAAUUGUUACGCGCGGACUCGAGAUUGCCGAGUUCAUUCGCUGGUUUAUCGAGACGGAGCGCAUCCCUCCCAUUUCCGAGGGGUCAAGCCCGGGCCGAGCAUUCUCCGGUGGCUUCGCGGUGCUUGGGUGGUCUUCAGGCAAUUGUCAGACCGUCCCGUUACUUGCGCAUGGAGAUAAGGUCCCUGCGGAAACAAGACGUCUUUUCAAUAAUUACUUCCGCACAUUCAUUUUCUACGACAUGUCCACAACAGCCAUGGGCGAGCCCGCACCAGCUGGUCUCUACAGUCCUUUCCGAGAUAGCACCCUCAGUGGCGAGGAGAAGACCGCAGCUUUCCCAUUGUGGGUAUCUUCGUACUGGACACAGCUCACGCUUCCGUUCGCGGAAGACUCCGAAUCUUCGGAAUUUGCACCCGUUUUGCUUGCGCGCACACCAGCGAACAAGGGAAUUGAUGGAUCGACAAAGGAUGAUCGAUAUUCGCUCUUCGCACCGACUAUCCUGAGGAUGUCAACCCAAGUAUUUGCUGAUGUGACCGACCCCAGUGUCAUGGCGCGCUCGCAAUUCUUCUUUCAACACGUGGAUCGUACCAUCUACCAGGAGAAUAUUCGUCGGGCUAUCUUUGAUUGCCCUCUUGACGGGGAGAACAUAAUAUGGCCAAAGGUGAAGGCGCACAUAGUAUGGUGUGAUAUGACUACCGGGGAUGUUGCAUAUGCGUCGAAUCGUGUGAAGUAUUUGGCGAAACAUUAUUCAGAAGGCGCAAAGAACAAGCGGGAUUUGACUUUCCACAAGCUUGCGCAGGCGAAUCAUUUCAUGCACUGGGACGAUCCGGAGAGGCUCACGAAAUACUUGGCCGGCAUUGUGUGA